AUGAGCUCCACUUCUGAACUUGAAAAGGUCCGAGCUGGUCUUCGACCAGUCUCCACCAAGCCGUCGACCAAGAUCGAAGCUGCAAUCCACGCUGAAAAGGGAGUCGUCAAGACCAAGGCAGAAUUCUUCGAGAAGAAGAUCAAAGAGAUGAGCUUGACAAAUGAGGAACUCGAGAAAAUGCGUGUUGAAAAAGAAAAAGCCGAUAGAAAAGCAGCCUUCAAACUUUUGAUUAAGAAGUUUCAGUGA